GUGACGCGAUGCCCCGUCUUCCCAGAGAUGGCUAUGAGCCCGUUGCUCGCUCAUCUCAUGAUGGCGUGGAGGAGAUUGAUCUCGAGGGCUUCAAACCACCCGUCUCCUACUCUCACUGUCGCGCCUCCCCCGUCCAUUACUGCGUUUCAGCGCUGACCAGCGCAGUCAGAGGCGUGAUACGGCGGAGAAGACACUGGCUUCCCAUCGCCUGGAAUCUGCGUCGACUCGUCUCCACCAUCGUUUGGAGUCUCCUGGUCCUCAUCGUCUUCACCUUUCUCUUCGUGCCAUCCUAUACCCAUUUACCGCCCCAUUAUGCGGCGCUUCGCAAUGUCGUACAAGCAUCGAACACCCCCGGCCGAGGAAACCCGCGCAACUCGACCGUCUUCAUCGCCGUCAGCCUCUACGACAAGAACGGGGUCCUGGCAGGCGGACAAUGGGGCCAGGCCCUCCUCGAUCUGAUCGACAUGAUCGGACCCGACAACGUCUUCCUCAGCAUCUACGAGAAUGACAGCGAGAAAGCCGGAGAACGGGCGCUGCAGCAGCUGAGCGACCGUGUUCCCUGCAACAAGUCCAUCGUGUAUGAAGAGCACUUCAACUUCACCGGCUUUCCCACCGUCACGCUUCCCGAUGGAUCCGAGCACGUCAGGCGGGUUGAGUUUCUGGCCGAUGUGCGCAACCGAGCUCUACGCCCUCUGGACGAACACCCCGAGCUUCGAUUCGACCGACUCCUGUUCCUGAACGAUGUCUACUUCAACGCCCUGGACGCCCUACAACUCCUCUUCUCAACCAACACCCAGAACGGUGUCCCGGAGUACCGAGCGGCCUGCGCAGUGGACUUUAUCAACCCCUUCAAGUUCUACGAUACCUUUGCCUCCCGCGAUCUCGAAGGCUACAGCAUGGGCCUCCCCUUCUACCCCUGGUUCACCACCGCCGGCAGCGCCCAGAGUCGACAAGAUGUACUCCACGGGAAAGACGCCGUGCGAGUCCGCAGUUGCUGGGGCGGAAUGGUCGCCUUCGACGCUGGUUUCUUUCAACAUCCCCUCCCCCCUCUACCAUCCACCAUCUCCCCUUCCAACACCGAAUACAAAAACCGCUCCUCCCCCGUCCGCUUCCGCGCCGAAUCCGACCUCUUCUGGGAAUCCUCCGAAUGCUGCCUCAUCCACGCCGACAUCCAAAUCCCGCCCCCACCCGCAUCCCCCUCCUCACCCCAAGAUCCCCAAGACACAAACACAGACACCGGAAUCUACAUGAACCCCUUCAUCCGCGUCGCCUACCACCCCCGAUCCUUCAGCUGGCUGCACCUGACCCGCCGCGUCGAAAAACUCUAUUCCAUCGUCCACGGCAUCGCCAGUCGCAUCGCCGGGUUACCGGUCUACAAUCCGCGUCGGGCGCAAGUCGCGGGCGAGGCAGUCCAAGAUCGAGUCUGGGUGGUUGAUGAACACCAUGAUGGGAAAUUUGAAAUGGCGGAGAGAAUUGCGAAUGGGGAUGGGUUCUGUGGGAGAUGGGAUCUGCAGGUUCUGAAGAAGAGGGAGGAGAAUGGGGAGGGAGGGUGGGGGGCUGUUCCGGUGCCGGAGAGUUAGCAUUUAUUUUGCUUGCCUCUGGGGUCAUGUUAGUGAGUGGUUUCAUUUACUUGGGCUGUAUGAUAUCUCGUUUGACUUGAUUUGUGUCGACUUGCAGGCAGCAUGGCGAUUUACUCAGUACUCGCAUCGACCAUGAUAAAUAUAGUUCGGUACAUAGCCCUAAUCCGAACCUAAAAUGUUGCAGCCUGCUAUUUAGGCCGGUGAAUUUAGAAGAAGUCGAAGAUAUGAAACCAAGAAAAAUCAAAAAGCUCACUAAAUAUGAAAUUAUGAAUAAUAACAGACUUAAGAAUAUAUUACCACUCUAUUA